AUGAUCUUGAAAAACACUUGUUGUUGCAUGUUCUUUGUGUGGUUUUUCCUAUGUUUCUCCAUAAACUAUAAUCUAUCAGAAGGAGCUGACAGCAUCACAGCGAACCUAUCUCUCUCUGGAAGCCGGACUAUUGUCUCUCCUGGUUACACAUUUGAACUGGGAUUCUUCAAUUUAGGUUCUCCUCCCAGGUAUUAUAUUGGAAUAUGGUACAAAAGUGUUAGUCAAAGGACCAUAGUUUGGGUAGCUAAUAGAGAGACACCCAUUUCGAAUAGGAGUUCUGCAGAACUGAAAAUUUCAGAAGGUAAUUUGGUGCUUCUGGAUUCCCAGGUUUCGAUUUGGUCCACCGGUGUAAGCUCGACAACCUCAAAAUCUGUGGUGGCAACUCUAGGUGAUGAUGGGAAUUUAGUUUUGAGAGAUGGGUCAAAACCUACGUCAACUGAAAGAUUUUGGCAAAGUUUUGAUAACCCAACAGAUACUUUUUUACCUGGUGGAAAACUUGCCUAUGACAAGCGUACAAAAACAAAGCAGAUCCUCAUUUCUUGGAAAAAUUAUGAGGAUCCUUCACCUGGGCCUUUCUCUAUUGAGCUGAAUCCCAAUGGGCGUCAGUAUGUCAUAACACGGAGUAAGACUAGAGAGUACUGGACUAGUGGAGCUUGGAAUGGGCAUAUUUUCAGUUUACUCCCUGAAAUGAGGCUGAAUUAUAUCUACAAUUUUAGUUAUGUAGAUAAUGUUAAUGAGACUUAUUUCACUUAUUCUCUUUAUAAUCCUGCGAUUAUAUCGAGAUGUGUGAUGGAUGUUUCCGGGCAAAUUAAGCAGACAUCAUGGUCUGAGAGUAUGAAUGAGUGGAAUUUGUUUUGGUCUCAACCUAGGCAGCAAUGUGACGUGUAUGCUUAUUGUGGGGAAUUUGGUAUCUGCAAUCAGAGUUCAUUGCCUCACUGUUCUUGUUUGCCGGGAUUUAAGCCGAAGUCGGAGUAUCAUUGGAACUUGACCGAUUUUUCAGAUGGUUGCGUAAGAGAGAUCGAUUUGCAGUGUAGGAAUGAUAAUACUUCUACGGGAAUAAAACACAUUUUUUUGGCGAAUUCCCAAGUUACGUUACCUGAAGAAUCUACAUCAGUGAAUGCAGGGAGUGCUGGAGAAUGUGAAUCUAUCUGCAUAAAAAUUUGCUCUUGUACAGCUUACUCUUACAAUGGCAAUGAAUGCUUGGUUUGGAAUGUUGAAUUAUUAGACUUGCAACAACUCUCGGAAGAUGAUGGCAGGGGAAGUACAAUCUACAUUCGACUUGAUGCCUCUGCCCCUCAGUUUUUGAGCACCAAAAAAAAUAAAGGGGUUCCAAUAGGCGCUAUUGUCGGUUCUGUUGCUGUUGUUACGGUGCUCUUAGCCAUUGUUGGGGUCGUGAUCUGCAGAAGUCGAAGGCAUAUACUUGGAACUGCAAAAGCAGUUGAGAGAUCGUCUGUAGCAUACUUGGAGUUUGGGAGCGAUAACAAGAAUGAUACCGGUGUUCCUUUCUGCAGUUGGAAAAGUAUAUUAGCAGCUACAGAAAACUUUUCAGACGUACACAAAAUAGGGCGAGGGGGAUUUGGACCUGUUUACAAGGGAUCGUUACCUGGCGGGCAAGAAAUUGCAGUGAAAAGCCUAGCAGGUCGUCUUUGGCACAUUCCAAUUUUCAAAGGUGGCCCUACAUGGCCUGCAGGCAUGCUCUGGCUCUAA